AUGAAAUCAACAAAGGCCAGACAAGUUACAAAUUCAUCUCUAAUUGAAACUACACUGAACAAUUAGAGUAUUUCUUCUCGUAAGGUUGUUAAAUUGCCAUACUUAUACACAAAGCAUAAUCAAGUUCUCUCUACAUCAAGGAAACUCCUAUUAGAAGAGAAUUCUGUGACUAUUCAGUUAAAUACUUAGAAAAAAGAGUUGCUAAAACUGAUUUAUGAUAGAUAAUUAGAUGAAGCUAUAGAUAGUAAAUCAUUCUUACAAUAGUGUAGCAACAAGGAAAUUGGUUUAGUAAUGUAUAGCCUAUGAUCUGAAUAUAUUCGGUAAAUCACUUCAUAUACUGGCAGAUAUGUAUAUAUCCAACAGAGAAUUUGCCAAUGGCUUAUAUAUUUACAAUGUACUUAGAGUUUUGGCCGACGUUUAAAACAAUUAAACUCUAAAAAUUGAUGCUCUAAUUUAAAUGGGGGAUUUGUGUAAACUAUAAUAAUAGUAUCAACUCAGUAAGAUAUUUCUGAAGAAAGCUCUCUAAUAUGUUUGGUAUUUGAAUGACACUGAAAAUGAAGCAACAAUAUAUGAUUAUUUUGGGGUUCUUUAUUACGUUUAAGGAGAAUUAAGAUUGGCAAAAGAAUAUCAUGACAGAGCCAUGAAUUUUAUAAAAGAAUCUAGUGAUAGUGCAGCACGUAAACAUGGAAUAGAGUAUGUUAAGAGUUACAUUAAAAGAAUUAAUUAUUAAUCUCAAGUCAUGAAUAAUAUGGUAUUGUCUAAAUUAGGAUUGAUCUAAGGAAAUGAAACAGAAAUUAAAUUAAAUACGCUAUUAGAUUUCAAUAUUUUGACAGAAUAAAUUUUGUAGGAUUAUGAAUUUCAAGUGGAAAUGUCAACACCAAAUAGGCCUCAAAGAUGUAUAACUAAGAAUGGAGUACUUCAAAAUGAUGUUGACAUGUUUGAAAAUGUAAAAGAAUUGCAUGAAAGACAAAAGAAAAGAAAAUUUUUUGAAAAAAAAAUACCAGUAAUGCAUCUAACAAGAUCUGUAUUUAAAUAAACUAUUGAAGAGUAACUUGAAUAGCGUAUGAAAACAGAUAAAUAAAAAAAUGUAUAUGUAUAAUCUUUUCAUUAGUCUGUUGACGAAUUUAAGAAGUAGUUACAGAAAUUUCAUACUUAUAAAAACUUUCCUGAAAAGUUAGAAAAGGUCAACAUAAAUCAUCUCUCUCCAAAUAGAAAUCUAAUCGGUUUCAAAUAUAGUUUUAAACCUAUGCGACAUUCAUUGCUAGAUUUAUUUGGUGAGAUUGAGUAAUAUAUGUAUUUACAUUCAACUUGA